AUGGGGAUAUUCGAACGGGAGCAAAUUUCCCGAUCGAUAAUCAAUCUCGAAUGGACGAAACAUAUCGAAAUGGGAUCUCAAAAAGAAUCGAUUGGUCAUCAAAAAGAUAUUAGCGCAUUGGAUAUUGAUGAAGGAGAUCAAAUGAUAAUUAUGGCAUCACAUUGUGGACAAGUUUCAGUGGCGAAUUACAAGUAUUUGGGAAGAGAAAAGUGGAAAAAACCGAUGACGUUAAAACUCGAGCACAACGCUCUCCAAACGAUCAAAUGGUGUCCACUGGAUCUUCGUCUCUUCAUGGUGACAACCAAAUCGAAUUGGAUGAGAGUAUGUGAUAGUACAAUGGAGAAAGUGAUAAAUGGAGCACAAUUCGAAGGAGAUGUCUAUUUUCAUUGGAAUGAGCAUAAUAUGACAAAUUCAAAAGUGGCCGUGGCGGAUGGCAGUCGAUCCAUGAAAAUCGUCGAUUUUAGAGUCGGAUUGUCUCUGCCACAAAACAUUCGAUGGGACGACGUUCCCAUCGACGUCGUCCAAUGGUUCCCAUCUCGUCAUCACUAUUUGUACGCCGGUCGGAGAGACGGAAAAAUUGGAAUUUUUGAUGUGAGAAGUACGCGGGGUGUGCUGGCGGAGAAGACGAUUCAUACGGCUCCAAUUUUUGGAAUAAGAGUCUCAAAAGACGGUCGCCGCCUCAUCACCGCCGAUCGUUCCGGACGCAUCCACGUGGCAGACACAUGGAAUUUCCAAACGAAAUUUCAGUAUCGUGAUGAAUUUGAUCUACACCCGAGACGACGACCCGUUUUUGAGAUUCUAAGUGGAAAGGAUCUCUUUGUGGCGACAAAUUUCCAUAGGCUUACGGUGGUGAAGUUUGAUGAGAGUCGAAGGAUAAAAGUGACGGAAUCUGUGGAAAUCGCGCCGAGAGUGUUGAAGAAUAAACCGAUUGUUUUUAGGGAGUCGAGUUAUGAGCUAAUCGCCGGUCACACAUUCAACUAUCUCAAUGUUCUGUCAUUGGCGAAGAGUCGAGAGUAUGUGGAUGAAGAAGAAGAAGCCUCAGGGUUACUGUAA